AUGCAGCCACCACCAGCCCAGACGGUCAACAGCAGAUGGCCAGAACCAUCCCAGCAGCCAGCCCAACAGCUCAUCAUCACCCUCCUCAGAGCCAGCGAACUCACGCUGCCCCCCGCACACCCACGCCUCAGACCCUACGCCGUCCUCCAACCACUCCACUCCAACCCAUCAUCAGCCUCACCCUCAACCGUCUGCCAGCUCACACCGAGCAGCAACUCAGCCCCAGUCGAGCAGCCCGUCUGGAACCAUGUCGCCAUCUUCGACAUCUUCAACCCCCGCUCCUCGCUCUUCAUCUCCAUCUACUACAACCAGAACACCCAGCCAACAACCGCCGCCGCCACCCCCUCCUCCCAGGACCAGCCAGACCGGCUCCUGGGAUAUACCAUCAUUGAUCUCGCCAGCCUGCUCUCAGCUGAGAACUCUAGCAUCAAACCAACAGAAGAGCAGAAGAAACAUACUAUCCUCGACAGCUCCAUCGACCUGUGGGAUCAAUCGGGAGACACCAAGACCGGAGCAAUCUCGAUCAAGAUCGAAAUCAAACAGACCAACAACCUCCAUCAGCAGUCUCACCAGCAACAGCAACAUAUUACAACUGCCAAAAAGAUCUCGAUCGAUGACUUUGAAAUCAUCAAACUGAUCGGCGAAGGAUCGUAUGGACAAGUUUAUCGAGUGAGAAAGAAGGAUACACGCAGGUUGUACGCGAUGAAGACCCUAGAGAAGCGGCAGAUCGAGAUCACGAAAGAAGGAGGAGCAAAUGAUGGCGAGACGGAGGAGCGGACGUCGAAGAUCAAGCUCGAGCGGGUCCUGUCCGAGCGCAAGAUCCUCGAACAGACCCGCGGCUCCGAGUUCCUCGUCGGGCUCAAGUUCUCCUUCCAGACCCCGGAGAACCUCAACCUUGUCAUCUUCUAUACCGCCGAAAUCCUCUCCGGGCUCAAGUUUCUGCACGCGAUGAACAUCGCCUAUCGCGACCUCAAACCGGAAAACUGUCUGUUGGAUGCGACCGGACACGUCGCACUCUGUGACUUCGGCCUGAGCAAAUUGGACAUGGAUGCGGAUGCAGUCACUCAGACGUUUUGCGGGACGACCGAAUACAUCGCCCCGGAAGUUCUACUCGAGAGUGGGUAUACCCGGUUGGUCGAUUUCUGGGCCUUGGGCGUCUUGAUCUUCGAGAUGAGUGUCGGCUGGACGCCUUUUUUUAGCGAGAAUCGCGCGGUUCGAUACACGUUAAUCCUCGAAAGCGACAUUCGCACCAAGUUUCCCAAACGUGGAAUUAGCGAGGUCACCAAAGAAAUCAUCCUUUGUUUAUUGGAGCGAGAUCCGAGUCGACGACUGGGAGCAAAAGGGAUCGAGGAGAUAGAAUCGCAUGGGUUUUUCGCGGGGCUAGACUGGGCAGCGCUUCGAAGCAAGCGUCUGACCCCGCCGUUCAAGCCGCGAGUGGAGUCAGAUGCGAGUCUGAGCUACGCGUCCGACCCGAUCUACUCGUACGGCAGCCGGACGUCGAACAGUCUCCGGGGCGGGCCCGGCCGGGCCGAACGGCACAGCGAGGAAGACCAUGACGCCGGCUGCCAUCCCCAAGCCCUCUCCUCUAACACCACUCGCACUCAGCACUCGCGCCCUAACCAUCUCGCAUCCACAACGGCCCAUAGCUACCAGUACCAACAACAACACUCGCGCAGAAGCUCGGUGGAAAAUAAAACUACCGGCGUCCAGCUCCCCCGGCCCAACUAUCCCCUGCCCAACCACCACUUCGUCUCCGCCUUCGACACCCAUCAUCUCCACCAUCCUCCCCCCGCCGCGACGGCCGCCGCUUCCGCCUCCCACCUCGACCUCGCCCUCACCCAGCGCCAGAGCCUCGAAGACCUCCAUCUCCAUUCUCCCAAUAAUCCCAACCUCAACCACCCCCUCCAUCUCAACAACCACAACUUCUUCAAAGGCUUCACCUUCUCGUCCAGGGACGACUCCUUAAUCAACUAA